GGGUUUAAACCUCCAAAGCCAGACGGUUAACGGCUAGGUGGGUGCGUGGGCGGAUAGUACGCGUGCGCGAGACCGGAGCACUAACCGAAAUCUGCGGGGCUCAUCUGGUAGGGCAGCCCGAGGCUGGGCAACUUUCGGACGUCGGUGAGGCGGGUUUUUGUUGUUGUUGUUAACGUGAAUAAUAAUGCCAAUCAAGGUACAUUUGAAAUAAGGUGGCACAAAAUAAGCUAGACUAAUUGAAGAAAUAUUAUCAGUUAUUACAUUUCACAUUGGAAGGACAACCUGAAGACAAGAUUCUAUUGCUUUCAUUAAGCAUUCCUCAUGGCAGAAAAAAGACAGUCCUACAGUGUAGGGGAAGCAAUGGAGGAACUUGUAGGACCAAAUGGACAAAAAUGGGCAAAUAUGGAUCCAGAAGAACGAAUGUUAGCAGCUGCUACCGCAUUUACCCAUAUCUGUGCAGGGCAGGGGGAGGGAGAUGUCAGGAGAGAAGUCCAAUGUAGCCAGUACGAUCCCUACAGUAAAGCUUCAGUAACCCCAGGGAAGCGACCUGCUUUUCCUGUACAACUGCAGUACUCACAGAUAGAAAGUCAUGCCACAUCAGAAACGGUCUCAGAGGCUUCCCAAAGACUCCGAAAGCCAGUAAUGAAGAGAAAGGUGCUUCGUAGAAAGCCAGGAGGAGAAGUAUUAGUGACAGAUGAGUCAAUUAUCAGUGAAUCAGAAUCUGGUGGAGAAACUGAUCUGGAUCUCUGGGACUUAAGACAAAGGUUGAUGAAUCUGCAGUUCCAGGAAGACAGGGAAUCCUCAGUUGAUACUUCACAAAAUGUUAAUCUACCACAUGAGUACCAAGGAAUUUCACAAGAUCAGCUCAUUUGUUAUCUUCAAAGAGAAGAAAUGGGCCCUCCAGCUUAUGAACAAGAUCUGAUUGUUGCCAGCAGACCCAAGUCCUUUAUUCUCCCAAGGCUGGACCAGUUAAACCGAAACCGGGGCAAGAUAGACCGGGUAGCUCGAUAUUUUGAGUACAAAAGAGACUGGGACUUAAUGCGGUUACCUGGUGAAGAUCAUAGGAAGGAGUUACGCUGGGGUGUCCGAGAACACAUGCUUUCCCAAGCAGAACCCCAAUCCAAGCCUCAGCAUGUAUAUGUUCCAAACAAUUACCUAGUACCAACUGAGAAGAAAAGAUCUGCCCUUCGUUGGGGUGUUCGCUGUGACCUUGCAAAUGGUGUCAUGCCCAGGAAGCUUCCCUUCCCUCUUUCUCCUUCUUAAAGUCUUUUUUCUUGUUUCUCCUUUCACAGGAUUGUUUAGGAUAACCUGCUUCUUUGUAUCUCCUUUUAAAUAGAAACGACUUGAAAAGCCCAGAGAACACUGUAUAGAAUAAAAACUUCACCCAUCAUUGGUAGAAAAACCAGGUGGGGAGGUAUAGCUUUAUAUCACAUAGGUAUUAAACAUCACUUAACUUUCAAUUUACCACUCAAGGGCAGCAAUUGCAUGAGAAUAUCAAUGCUAGAGAAAGAAAACCUACCUUUUCUUUGUAUUUUGUCAAUUUAGUAAGCACCAAUUUCUGUUCAAUAACCUUUUUACCUUGAGGCAGUGUGGAUUGCUGUGUUCUAAUGUGUUUUUAAAGUUGGUGGGCAUUAAGCUUAUCAAAGAAUUUUGGAAAUUCAUGAGCUUGAACCUUAUGAAGUAUUCCCAAGUAAGACCCUAGACCUUACUCACCAUCUAAAUAAAAGCCAAAAAAAUAAAAGAAACUUGCCUUUAUAGUCCUAAAGGACGGGAGACGGGUAAUGGCAUAGAUAACCCCAUUAUUAAAUUCUAGUAAAUACAGGUACUUUUAAAUAGAUGCCCUAAAACAGUUAUUAUGACACAGUAUCCUAACCCAAGUUUUCAGGAAUUAUUUCAAUUAGAUAUUGUUCUGGAAUACCAUGCUUUUUAUAAUUUUUAUAAAAAUUUUAUGUUUUAUAAUUUUUUAAUUUUCUUUGGAAUUAUGCCUGUCAUUUGAAGACUAUUUCUACUCUCAAUAGAACUUCAAAGUAUACCUGGAAUCAGAUUUAAAUAUCAAAGUGAAUCUGGACUGUUUUGAGUUCAGAUCAAAUAAAAAUUGUGCUCAUCUUA